AUGACGGACAUCUACGAAGUCAUCCAAACCGCGUCGGACCAACACGUCCGAACGCUUCUCCGCCUCCUCUGCGAUAGCGACUACAACAUCAAAUCCCGAACCGCAGAAUUCCACGGCAUGAUCGAGAACCUCCAACCCACAGUCACCACAUCAUCCUCCUUACUCAUCAACAACCACAACCACAACCACAACAGCCACAACAACCACAACGACUCGACAUGCUGCUCCAUCUCAUCCGACCGAAAACGAAAACGAGAUCCCCUAGAAAUCUUCUACUGCGUAAAUUGCAAAGAAUGUUUCAUGGACGAAGAAAACGACGACGAAGCCUGUUCGUACCAUCCAGGAGAAUUCGACCCGGAUAGGGAUGAUUUUUUCGCAGAUCAUGAUGAUGAGGUUCAUGGCAGGUUGGAUGAUGAGGAGAUGUUCGCGACUUAUCCGCAGGGGUAUCAUAUGUCAUGUUGUGGGGAUAGGGGUGAUACGGUGGGCUGUUAUACGGGACAACAUAUUGGGGGGAAUAGGAAAUUGAAGUCUUCGGGGUCUGAUGAUGAUGAUGAAGAGGAGGAGGAGGUAGAGGAAGGGGAGGAGGAGGAGGAACAGGCUAAUAGUGGUAGAAGAGAGAACGGUGAAGGGGGGACGGAUGAUAACAAGGAGAAUAGUAAUGAGAAAGAUGGAGUAAACUAA